AUGAAAUCUGGAAAUGUUACACAAAUUACAGAAUUUCUUCUUCUGGGAUUAUCAAAGGAACCAAAAUUGCAACCGUUUGUAUUUGGGUUUUUCCUCUCCAUGUACCUGAUCACUGUGGUGGGGAAUCUGCUCAUCAUCCUGGCCAUCAUCUCAGACUCCCACCUCCAUACCCCCAUGUAUUUUUUCCUCUCCAACCUGUCCUUUGUAGACAUUGGUUUCACCUCUACCACCAUCCCAAAGAUGCUGCAGAACAUUCGUACACAGAGCAAAGUCAUAACACAUGCAGGCUGUGUCACACAAAUGAACUUUUUUUUGCUUUUUGGAUUGUUGGACAACUUUUUUCUAUCUGUCAUGGCCUAUGACCGCUUCGUGGCUAUCUGCCACCCUCUGCACUAUAAAGUCAUCAUGAACCCCCGGCUCUGUGGGAUGUUGGUCCUGGUGUCCUGGAUCAUCAGUGCUCUGUAUUCCUUAAUACAGAGUUUAAUGUUGUUGCGGCUGUCCUUCUGCACAAAUGUGGAAAUCCCCCACUUUUUCUGUGAACUCACUCAGAUGGUGCAGCUGGCCUGUUCCGACACUUUUGUUAAUGAAUUGGUAUUGUACAUUGGGGUUGUGUUGCUAGCUGGCAGUCCCUUCUUUGGUGUUCUUUAUUCUUACUCUAAGAUAAUUGCUUCCAUACGUAGGAUCUCAUCAGCUCAGGGCAAGUAUAAGGCAUUUUCCACCUGCGCAUCUCACCUCUCAGUUGUCUCCUUAUUUUACGGCACAGCCCUGGGAGUGUACCUUAGCUCUGCUGCUACCCACAGCUCACACUCAAGUGCAAUAGCCUCGGUGAUGUACACUGUGGUCACACCCAUGCUGAACCCCUUCAUCUACAGUCUGAGGAACAGAGACAUGAAGAGGGCCCUGAAGGCACUCUUUGGGAUGGAGCUCUUAAAGGGGAAAUGGUCCUAG